AUGGAUACACUGAAGACUGAAAAUAUGCCACUGUGGUCGUAUUGUUGCCGUAUUUGUGUUGGAUUGUGCCAUGUACAGUAUUGCAUUUACGACCGGGUCGACCAUGAACGAUCGUUAAGCCUACAUUCUAUGCUGGAAAAACUAUUUCCCGCGCUAUACAACGCGGAACAGGUUGCGCGUGAUGGUCUCAAGAAUUGGCCGUUGGUGAUCUGCUCAGACUGUAGGUGUAAAGUGAUAAAUGCGUUCCUAUUGUACGAGCAGUGCGAGAAAAGCGUCCAUUUGUUAAACCAGCUCCAGCUCAUAGCGAUCCACUUGAAGGAAAACCAUUCGGAACACAUACGUGCCUGCGAGCAGUGUCCGAAGGUAUUUAUCACGCAAACGGCCUUUGAGCAGCAUCUAUACUCCCAUGCUACCGGACGAUCGUUCUUCUGCACCUUUUGCGACAAAGGGUUUCAAACUGAACAGCUGCUUAAGAAUCACGUACGAACCCACACGCACAGAUCGAACUAUUUGUGUUCUCACUGCGGCAAAGAGUUUAACAAUAACAGCAAUCUUCGUCAACACAUUAUUGUACAUACUGGGCGUAAACCUUGGGCAUGCAAUCUGUGUCCGUGUCGUUUUAGCACAAAAGGAGGCUUAACGAUACAUCAAAAUACGCACACGAAGGUGAAAGCGUUUAGCUGUGAUACCUGUGGAUCACAGUUUAACAAGCAUUACUCGCUUAUAAAGCACAAAUUGGUUCAUACGGGUGAGCGUCCCUUUGGGUGUGAAGUCUGUGGUAUGAGGUUCACUACCAGUUACAUGGUUAAACGCCACAUGCGUACCCAUACGGGUGAGAAACCCUUUAAAUGCACCUAUUGUGAUCGCUGCUUUGCACAGAGCAACGAUAUGGUGAAGCAUAUGAAAAUACACGUUGGUAGUAACCCGUACCAGUGCGAUCGUUGCGAGGCAGCUUUCCGGUUGCUUACGGAUCUACGAAAUCAUUACAAGGAACAUUACCAAACUGGUGAAUCUGGUACUGGCAACGCAACUGAACAAGAUAAAGGUAUACGAUUUACCAGCAGUGACAUUCUGCAGUUGAGAUUCAAAAAAGAACAGGAAGGACCACCGGAAGGACAUGAUGCGAUAAACGGCUAA